AUGAAAGUUGGUUUUCUUGGUGCUGGCAAAAUGGCUCAAGCUUUAUGUCGUGGCUUUAUUAAAUCAGAUCGGCUUAGUCCAGCGAGUAUUACAGCAAGCUGUCCGAAAAGUGACGCACACCUUUUACAAGAAAUUAAGAGCCUUGGCAUAGCAACAACGCACAACAAUAUCGAAGUUGUCCAGAAUUGCGAUGUUAUAUUUAUUGCAACAAAACCACCGAUUGUUAGUAAAGUUGCUGCAGAAAUUGCACCAGUAUUAACCAGCGAUCAGUUACUUAUUUCAAUGGCUAUGGGCAUUCCGAUUAAUAGCAUUGAAUCGUUGUUACCGCCAAAAAGUCGCGUAAUACGAGUGAUGCCAAAUACUCCAGCCGUUGUGCGAGCUGCUGCAUCAGCAUUUAGCAUGGGAACUGCUUGUAAAGAAGGUGACGCCGAAAUAGUUAAAGACCUUCUUUCUACUGUCGGAUAUGUGGUUCAAGUACCUGAAGCAUUGAUGGAUCCAAUCACUGGUCUUAGUGGUAGUGGUCCUGCUUAUAUUAUUGCCGUUAUUGAAGGACUCGCUGAUGGUGGUGUUAAAAUGGGAUUACCACGUGACUUAGCGUUAAAACUCUCAGCUCAUUCGGUUCUCGGUGCGGCGAAAAUGGUUCUUGAAAUUGAUAAACAUCCAGCUGAAUUGAAAGAAGAAGUACAAUCACCUGGUGGAUGUACAUCGUACGGAAUGCAUAAACUUGAAUCUGGUGGUCUUAAAGGAAUUCUCAUGGAUGCUGUUGAAGCCGCUACAAUUCGUUCAAAAGAGACUGGUAAUAUGCAAGGAAAAAAAUAA